AUGCCUCCUCGCGCUUCCUCUCCUGCUGCUCAAGAGGCCACGGAGAGGCUGCGCGCCGAAUCGCGUGCGCGCCAGCUGGCUGGCUCUGGUCCUCUGACGGAUAUCAUCGACUCCAAGGUCCUCAAGAGGGAGCUCACCCAGUUUUAUCUCGGACAGGAGGGGCAGCAAGGCGCUUCACCUGGCCGCAUAGCUCUCAAUCGUGCUAAGCGAUCGCUGGAAAGUAUCGCGGAGGUUGCGAAAGGAGCCCGCCGUAUUUCGAAGGCUGUCACGCGUACUUUGUGGGCGCUUUUGCUGGUCGAGUUGAAAUUCGCCAAGAAGCAUAAUGUGGCUGCCUCUGUGGGGUCCAUAGAGCGUUUCCUGCAAACGGUCACGAGCGAGGCUCGGCGCGAUAGCAGUUGGGAUAUUGGCAAGGUUCGGAGCUUACUGGCGAGAGGGUGGCCUGAGGACCAGAACGUGGACAAGCUGAGGACCCGCGAACUCGGCCCUUUACCGUGGUGGUUCGCUAUCCCUGAUCUGAAAGACAAAGAGCCUGUACGGCGUCAGAACAUUUACGACUCCGUUUUUCGCCUGCCACCAUCUACGGCGACUUCCCGCAUCCAACCUACCUCUACCACGUCGCGUUCGGCGAGCAGUCGUCCUGCUCGGGAGGCUGCUGGCGCUACGAAUGCCGCGCUUCGUGGCGCUAUCAUUCUCGACGACGACGGCGACGGAACUUACGCCCCCGAGAACGCCGCAGCGUCGGCGUCGCCCAACGAAGGAAGACAGGUCACACCCUGGCGUUUCGGCAGUGAUACAGCUGCCCCGUUCGCUGUUGAUAUGCCGCCCACCGCGCCAACACUACUUCCCUCCACCGCGCCGCCACUACCUCCGCCUCCCGCGCCACCUCCUGGCGCAUCGAGGCGCACUCAACCGUCGCCUUGGCUCCCGCCGGGCGGGUUCACAGUGGAUCUCAAGUGGAACAUUUCCGACUACCACGCCCACAAGCGCAUGUUAAAGAAAUGGCCUCGGGGUCAACACAUACCGGACGGCCCAGUUUGGGAGCAUCCCAACGCACACGGAUUGAAAGUCCUCGCAGACGGUCUACCUCUCACGAAUAAGAAACCUUGCAUCAACUGCAGCAAACGGUUUUACAUUUGUAUACCCCGCGGAUCGAAAGCUUGUCUACCGUGUUACUGGGAGAAGGGUAGUCAGGGCAAGUGCGAAGGUUACGAAGCACCAGAUGGCGUAGUGGAGAAGCCGGACUACAAGAUUCGCUUGCAGUAUCUGCGGGAGCUUGACGAAGCGGGCGUGUACCCUUUCCCGCAUCAUUACUUGUACGAGGAUGGGAGGGCCGUGGCUGUUUGUUGA